CGGAAGUUAGUUUUUCCUGCUGUAGAAUACACGGCGGUCCAGCGUGUGUAGUGCCAUGGUCGGGAAACAAAAAUGUUUGAGUUUUUAACAACCGCGGUGGUUUGAACGAAGUAUUUUCGCAUCAAGGCCGCUCGUCCUUCGCCUCCUCUCGGACAUGGCUGUCGGGUAUGGGCUCUAGACUCCAGCGGAGGGCGUGAAGAGGAUGGGCUCAGUGUCUCUGUGCCUGAGGAGAUGUCUCUGGGUCGGCUCCUACGGCGUGCCUCCUCCAAGGCAUCUGACCUCCUGACGUUUAACCCCGGUGCGGGCGGCUCCGUGCUGCGCCCAGGUCUAGAUGGCGAGAUCAUCUUCUCCAAAAAUAACGUUUGCGUGCACCCCGCAGAGCCGCUGCCUGGCCUUGCCGAGCACCACCCAGGUUAUCUAUGUGUGCACGUGGAAAAGGAUGAGAGUUUUGGGACCACUUUGAUUCUGACCUGGGUGCCUAAUUCCCGCAUCCAGAGGCAGGAUGAGGAGGCCCUGCGGUACAUCACACCAGAGAGCUCUCCUGUACGCAGGAACGCCCGCCGCAGAGGCCGACGCCCACGCUCUCGUCCCCCAGCAGCCCAGGAGGAAGAUGAGGAUGAGGAGAGGAACAUUUCCAGCAGCACCUCCUUGAAGAGCCAGAGCCUGGCGGCUGAGGUUGGGGCAGAUUCCUCAUCACAGCAGCAGCUGCCGUCAGCUGGAGAGGAGCUGGACGAGGGUUCCUGUGAGCUGUCGGACGAAGUGAGUCGAGACAGCACCAUGGGGUCGGACUCGGACACCUUCUCCUCCCCCUUCUGCCUGUCGCCAGUCAGUGAGGCCUUGUGUGAGAGCAGCGGUUCUGUCUUCCUGGACAACGAGAGCAGAGAGCUAUGUGAGGAAUCCAUGAACCACUCAGCCAGCUCUGCAUCAAGUCUGGACAGCCACGCCCCCUCUGAGAGCUGCAGCCAGUUGCAGGGCAUGCGGUGGGAAGAGCAGCAGAAGCUGCUGGCUCUGGAGCAGUUGUGUGGGGUUUUUAGAGUGGACCUGGGUCACAUGAGGUCACUGAGACUCUUCUUCAGCGACGAGGCAUGCACUAGUGGCCAACUAGUUAUAGCUAGCAGAGAAAGCCAGUAUAAGAUCCUCCACUUUCAUCAUGCGGGUUUGGACAAGCUGGUCGAAGUCUUCCACCAGUGGAAAUGCUGCAGAGAGACUCAGCCUAAGGACCAGGUUUCAGAUGAGCGGUCCUGCAUGCAGUUUUCCAUUCAGAGGCCCACCCUGCCAUCAGCCGAGACCCACCCGGAGGAGAAGCUUUAUCGACGCUUGGACGUGACCUCCUGGCUGCACCACCUCAACCAAGAUGGACAGGUGGAGGAGGAAUACAAGCUACGCAAGGCCAUCUUUUUCGGCGGCAUCGACCCAUCAAUCCGUGGCGAGGUGUGGCCCUUCCUGCUGCACUACUACAGCUACGAUUCCACCUCUCAGGAAAGGGAAGCCUGGAGGUUGCAGAAACGCACUGAAUAUUACGACAUCCAGCAGAGGAGACUGUCCAUGAGCCCUGAAGAGCACAGUGAGUUCUGGAGAAAGGUCCAGUUCACCGUGGAUAAAGAUGUGGUCAGAACAGACCGGAGCAACCAGUUCUUUAGAGGAGAGAAUAACCAGAAUGUGGAGAUCAUGAGGCGAAUUCUGCUCAACUAUGCAGUGUUUAAUCCUGACAUGGGUUACUGCCAGGGCAUGUCUGACCUGGUGGCCCCCCUCCUCACGGAGAUCCAGGAUGAAAGUGACACCUUCUGGUGUUUUGUCGGCCUCAUGGAGAACACCAUCUUCAUUAGCUCGCCAAGGGACGAGGACAUGGAGCGGCAGCUGAUGUACCUGCGCGAGCUGCUGCGCCUCAUGCUUCCACGUUUUCACCAGCACCUCACGAGGCUCGGCGAGGACGGCCUCCAGCUGCUCUUCUGCCAUCGCUGGAUCCUGCUCUGCUUUAAACGCGAGUUUCCCGACACGGAGGCCUUACGCAUGUGGGAGGCCUGCUGGGCACAUUACCAGACGGAUUACUUCCACUUGUUCCUGUGCGUGGCCAUCAUUGUUCUCUAUGGGGAGGAUGUGACGGAGCAGCAGCUCGCCACCGACCAAAUGCUGCUCCAUUUCAGCAACCUCUCUAUGCACAUGAAUGGAGAACUGGUGCUGCGGAAGGCCCGGAGCCUUCUCUACCAGUUCCGCCUCCUUCCCAGGAUCCCAUGCAGCUUGCAUGACCUUUGUAAACUGUGUGGCCCGGGUAUGUGGGACAGCCGCUACAUCCCCACCGUGGAGUGUUCGGGGGAACACCCGGACUCACAGAGCUGCCCCUAUGGAGGCACAUCGACCCCACAGCCCUCCUCGCCCUCCCCGUCGUCCUCGCCAAACUCAACCCCUACGCCUCUUCUGGAAGGAAAGAGGGGCUUCAAAAAGAGGGACAUUUUCACCUUUCGGAAGCAGUCCUGAGGUGGACGACAGAUCCUCCUGCACCUAAAUGUUCCUUUGCUUAAUCAGGAGUUUUCUGUCUUUUCCUGUGCUGCAAUGUUGAACACUGCCUUACCAGAAUGUUAUUUUCAGCGUUCUGUAUCACACGAAUCUGGGAUGGAGAUGGUUUGCUGCCAGACAACAGAGAAGCUGCUUUCCUCACUGAGCAGAACUGACAAUCACCAGCGACUGUGUCGGUCUGAGCUUCUUCAAGUUCAGGGCUGCUGCUGCUGGCUUGGCAUUCUUCCACGGGCUUUGUGGGCAGGGGGUCACACCGGGGUCUGAGGCAAGUGGGAGGAAUUCCUGCAGACUCUGAUUCAGGGUCAAAAGACUUGAACUUAACCUUUUGUCUGCUCACAGUGGAAUGUUUGUGUGAAAAUCCAGUUAUUUGUGCACAUUUGAAAGUCUGAGCAGGAUAUUUUGACAUGAAAUCCAAAAUUUUGACUAGAACAGAGAAGAGUUAUCCUAUUGGUUUGCUGAAUCAUUUCAUCCUAAACCAAGUAAAUACUUGCCAUUUUGUCACCAAACAAAUAUUAAGCAAUAUUAUAAUCUUGCAUGAUGAAUUCUUUUGACAUAUAAAGGGCACUGCAUAUUAUUGUUAAGAAUACUUCACUGAAAAGCAGAACUAUUUGUGCGAGUGUGGCACCUGCUUUUUGAUGGGGCUGCAAAUAUUUCCUCAUUGGCCAAUAAUGCAAAGUCCUUGUAAUUUUUAUUUCUAAAAAAAAAAAAGAAAUCUCUGACGGAGCCUGGAAAAACAGCUCUGAUCAUGUUUCCAUUCCGGAUGUGAACCGGUGUCCAUUAGAGCCAGAAAUCCUUUGUUUUGUUUUUUACUCAUCUCUAUUUUUUUAUUUUGAACUAAUACAGAAGAAUCAGUUUCUCUAAAUCUGUUGCUUUCCCCUCAUCACAGGCAUCAACUUUUAAUCUUUGAGACCCAAAGAGAUCCCUGAACAUCUGGUGAGCUGGAAGGCUUCAUAAUUCCUCUUUUAUUAUACCAGGCAUCUUGAGAGGAAUCCAUGGGAGGAAAAUAAAGAAGCAAGACCCCUGUUUAAGUUUUGCCUAUAUUGUAAUGUUGCCUCAGGUGUUACAGUGUGUUUUUCCACUUGGAGUCCCAGUCACAUUUCUAACUGCUUCUCUUUGUCUUGAACUUCUGAUGACAAGCAGGUGUAGAAACAAAACCAAAAAAACAAGUGAAUUAUGGAAAAAAAUAUGCAGUGUGUGUUCAUCUCAUGGAUCCAUUUAAACCACAUUGUUUACACAAACACAAGUCACACUUUGUUUAAAGGGUUGAGUUGUGAUCAUGAAUGUACAAGUUUCAGUUCAGCUUUGAAUGUUCAUGUUUUACUGUGCACCACACAGAAGGAACUUACUAUAAGCAUUAAUAAAAACAUGAUAAUAAACCA